AUGGCUAGAUUUGUCGAGAGAUCUGGUGAUCUAGCCACAUUCUCUACAUCUCAUUAUGGUGACACCGGCCAUGGCACGUCAUUGAAGGUUGAUAUAGAAAAUAGUCUGAAUUUCUUGGCAUCCGCUAUCACCUGUCCAAAUUCAAUUUCUUCUGUCGCAUUUCCUGUUGUAGGCUUUUCAUCAUCUUCGUCUUCGUCAUCUAUUACCUCAUCAUGUUAUUGUUGCAGCUCUCGCUGCUACAAAUGUUCUGCUCAGGCUUCUGGCUCCUUCGGUUCUGUCAGCUCAGACUCCGCUUCUGCACCUGCUAAUGCUGUCCACUCUCCGAAUACUACACGACUAUACAGUAGAUACUUUGGGUCUGAGGCAGAACCCAUUUGCUGUGAGCUCGAACAGACUAAACAGGAUGAUGAAAGCCGGUACCAAUUACUAAAUGCUAGUAGCUGCAGAAAUAAUAGUCCAAGUAGGCUUGAUCUCAAUCUUGUUGUUGCACCGGAUAACUGUGGAAUCACUCCCACUGCCCCUAGUAAUAGUAGCGUUGGCGGUGAGGAAAGCUGUGCCUCUUCUACAACUCCAGCAGAUGCUCAAAGCUUGGCCUCCGCAUCCACCCUAGUUAGUGGAGCGGGCGAAGGUAUCAGUGCCAGCGGGUCUGGUGGUGCAGGAACCAGUCUUAUUAGUCCGUAUGGUUCCGCCGCUACCUCAGCAAUCUCUACCUGCCUUUCUGUUGCCUCAGGUCCUGGCAGCGGCAACUAUCUACAGAGCGGACAGACAGAGCCACCACCGUUGCCACCACGGCAAAUGAAAAUAAAGAGUCCUGCUUCUGAUGGUGAGUUCUGCCGCUCUUUGUUGAGUUAUAAUUCAAACAACUUCCAUUAA